ACACCCCAUAAUCAAGCCACUACUAUAUCAUCUCUAAACAACGGAGGCAUAUCUGCCAUCCUUGAUGGCUUGAAUCCGUCUCGAAGACCCAACGGCAUCCGAACACCAGAGAGGGAAAGUCGACAACGUGUAAACGUGGCAAGAAUAGAACGUGUAAUUGAUCUCUAAACAAGUUCAUAAGUUAACAAGAAGAAAAAUCCUUUUCGUCCAACGCCGUGUGGAGGCAUCCGUGCGACGUUGAAGAGUGCAGUUCCACUGAACCUCGCUUGCUUUUGUGUACUGUUUCCCGUUGAUCUGGUAGAGAGAGUGAUUGAAAGAAAAUGGUGUCAAGGGUGAUGUGCUUACGAAAAUCUGGUAGCUUCUUCCUUAACUCGACCCCUCAUCACCUGAACUUACCCUCUCCUCUUCUCGCCAACGUUGGUUAUCGCCACUGGCCUGGUGCCAAAUAUAAGAUUUCUGCAGUGCAUAGUGACACAUCUUCUGCUCAGAAAGUGUUGGAGAAAGAGCAAGAGAAACCAUCUGAGAAAUGGAGAAUCAAGAUGCUCUAUGAUGGGGAAUGCCCGUUAUGCAUGCGUGAGGUCAAUAUGCUGAAGGAGCAGAAUGAGCGUUUUGGGACUAUCAAGUUUGUGGACAUUAGCUCAAGCAAUUACUCCCCUGAAGAAAAUGAAGGACUAGACUACAAGACUGUCAUGGGGAGAAUUCAUGCCAUCUCAUAUGAUGGAACUGUACUAACUGAUGUUGCUGCAUUUAGAAGACUGUACGAGGAAGUUGGACUUGGAUGGGUUUACGCCAUCACAAAGUAUGAACCGAUUGCAAGCAUAGCAGAUGCAAUUUAUGGUGUUUGGGCCAAAUACCGUCUGCAAAUUACAGGUCGACCACCUCUGGAGAAGGUUUUGGAAGAAAGGAGGAAAAAGAUGGUGGAUGCAUGUGAAAAUGACGCUUGUAGAAUGUGAAGUUCUUUCGGGUGGCCAGUUGCUUAUUGGACGACGCAUGAUUUGUAUCAUACGGUCAACAAAUACUCAUUAUAUUGUGCUGCAAUGAAUGUUAUGUUAAUAGCUACAGGAGGUAGUGACAAGUAUUCUAAAUUUUGCAGGAACAGUGUCUUGCGGGGACGGCUAAAGCAUGCAGUAUCCGUUUUCUUUUUUCUGUAACAUGCAUAUAUUACAUCUUUUUCCUUGGCUCUUUUUUCCUUAUCUGAGAUGCUGUUCCUUGUAAAAGUAACGGAUAAGAUGUAAGCGAUAUUAUUGACAAUGUGUAUUAUAUACACUUCGCAUCAAAAUGUAUAGGAAAUAGGAUAUGGUUUUGAGGAUUUAGUUUUUUUGGCUGUAUAGAUUUCGAUCAAUACUAGUUUUGAUUCUUUUGAA